AGGCCCAAACCUCGCGCCUCAGCGGGCGGCCCAUUCCCUUAGCAAUUUCUACCUACCUACCUACCUACACUAUCAAUUUUCCCAUUGAUUGAUCGAUCCAAGCCGUUGCCUUAACAGCGUCUAACCAUCUAGAGUCGCGUUGCCGCCUUGUAACCCGUCGUUCUUUGUCACGUCGACAACUGCUCGAUCUCCCUUGAAUUCAGCAUGAAUAGUAAAAAUUGGAAUGACAGAGCUGACAAAGACUUGUUCUUUACUAUUCUCUCUGUCAAAAACAUUGGCGUCAUAAGCGGCUCAGAAUGGACCACCAUUGGUAACCAUAUGAGGAGCCUGGGUUAUGGCUUCACCAAUGAAGGCUGCCGACAACAUUUUCAGGGGCUUCGCAGAGCUCAGAAUAAAGCAGAGACAGCCGGACCGAACGGCGAUAUCGUACGCAGGAAUGAUCCGACUAUGAAUCCGAUCACCCGUCGUCCUGGUCCUGGAAGAGGUCGGCCCAGGAAACAGCCUCCUGUUCCUGUUCCAGGAGCUGGAGAAAUCCCCACCGAUCAGCCCAUGCCGGUUGGUAUCGCUCCUGGGCACAACCCCAUAGCUCCCUACCCCGAUCCUCAUCCUCAUCCCCAGGCAGUCCAAUCUUAUGGUGUGCCUCCUGGCAAUCACCAAGCUGGCGCUCAUCUACCAGCCCAACCUGCUGCACAGCCUGGCAACAUCUCUCCUGCGAUUCCUACUCAACAACUUCCUCCCCCCAGCAACGUACCUCAUGUUCAGGGUCCGAUAACUUACCCAAGUCCCCCUCGUGCCCCUGACACUCCCCAGGCGCCUGCUCAUCUUCAUCCUCUUCAGCAUGCACAAUCCGGUCAACCUCGCCAGCAGCCUCAACCAGAGCAGCAACCUCCGCCUGGCCAACAGCUCCAGUCAGAGUUUCAACCUCAACCCGAUCAACGGGACGAACCUGAAGAGGCUUCGCAGCCAACUGCACAGCCUCAGCCGGAGCAGGAAAACUCACCUGAAUACCAAUCUCAGGAUGUCUCCCAGGAAGCCCCUCGAGAGGCCCGUGAACCAACCGAUGCAAGUGCUGCAUCUCAACAUGCACCUCUUGAGCAGAACAAUGAGGACUCUCAAGCUGCUUUAACCUCGGAGCCUCUGCAACAUCCCAACGAGGAUAUUGAUGCUGAUGGCGAUGCAGAUGGCGACGCCGAUGCUGAUGUUGACGCUGACGGCGAAGCGGAUGUCGAUAAUGAUGAGCCGGCCGCUAAACGGCCACGGCUAAGUUCGCCUGAACCCCCCAAGGAUACCGAUAUGGAUGAUGAAGCUGUCUUGGCCCUGGCAGCUCAUAAUGGGUCUACAGACUUUGCUUCCGAUUUUGCUACUUAUGGUGAGGCAUAGCAACCAACUUUGCUUGUAGAAUAACAUUGAUACCAUGGGCAUUGGCGUUAAAGAGUAGGAGCUUCUUAAAUUUCCCUUGCAUUUGCAAUGGAUGGGAUAUAAAUAAGCGAGCGAGGACUGUGUUUUUGCAGAAAGAACAUUCUUGGUGCGUGUAUAAUAUGAAAGAAAAAGGGCUGGGAUUUGGCGAGCAGAAGAAAGAGCUGGAGUUUCUUGGCCGAGAGCGUACAUCAUUCCUCUCGGAUAUGUCGAAAGUUCGGUAGUAGAUAGGACAAUAACAAUGCCAGCCUUGUAGAGUAUUUCUAUUAUCACUGAUAUCCGCACUGCGAGGCAGUGCCUGAGACGCA